AUAAGUAUAUAGAUAGUUUAUCAUUUAGCUGAUCCGUUAUCAAAAACUUAGUUUUCAGAAGAAUCUAGUUGGAGUCUAUAUGAUUCAAAGAAAAUAUAUUCUCCGAAAGUCCAGACGAAGAACCAAUCGCAAAUCGUCAAAGCCUGAACGAUACCUGAAAUGCCCCGUCGACGAUGUUCUGUCUUGGCGUCACGAAAUGCCUCCAAAAAUAAAUGCAACCAACGCCGUAAAGCGGAGGAACCAUCCACCGACCAGGCCACCAAAUCGCUUUGCCGCGUCUGCAUGCGCUGGUGUUCCGCCUCCCUGUCGAUGGCGAGGAUGGUGGGCCUAUUCGAUCGUCAGGUUCAGGGUAUGAAGUUGGCCGAACUGUUGUCCCUGGUGGGAGCGGUGGCAGUGCCCACUGAGGGUGACCAUUUGCCCAACAGGUGCUGCAAGAAAUGCUUGAAGGAACUGGAACAGGCGUACAAGACGAGGCUAUUGUGCCAGGAUUCGGAUCGCAAAUUGCGGGAUAUGUUUGCCGAUGGUGAACCCGUGGCUGUUAAGGUGGAGUUCGAUGCGGACGAGUUGAAUCCCCUGGAAGAUAUGGUCGUUGAAUGCGAACCGGACGUGGAUAAAAUGCUGAAGGUGGAGGAAGUGGGUGUUGUUUCGGAAGUAAUUGCGCUACCUAAGUUGGAGAUUUUGGAAGAUAACACAGCGCAGAGAGAGGACCAAAAGAUGUUAGAGGAAGACGACACAACAGAAGACUUGGGCUGUGAAGACGCGGAAUCGAACGAAGACGGCGAAGAUGUAUCUCAAGAAGAGCAGAAGACUGAGCAGACGGAGGAAAAUAAUAAACCAAGGAAGUUUUUGAUACCGGGCGUGUUCGAUGAAGUUCCUGUGGUUGGUUUUAGGUGCUGUGGCUGCAAGAAUAAGUUUGAUACCAUAAAGGAUUUGAAGGCGCACGCAUUGACAGCACAUUUCCACAAGAAGCUUCCUAAGGAGCAACUGGAGAAACGAAUGCAGUGCGAUAUUUGCUUUAGAGUUUUGAGGAGUUCCUUUGCUUUGAAGAACCACAAAACAAUAGACACAGUAAAUUUUCGCUGCAAAGCCUGUGGAGACCUGUUCCGGAGUCGUCGAAGAGUGUGUCUCCAUCACGAACGCAUUCAUGGCCGCAAUCCCACAAUUUCUGGCCCAUCGAAAAUUUGCUGUGGCUGUUCGGAGCGGUUUGAAACCGACAAACAACUUAAGGAACAUUCUGUGAUAGUUCAUUUGCCGGAGAAACCUCCACCGGAGCCCACUCGACCCUUCAUCUGCAAUGUCUGCUAUCGCAAUUACCCCACUGAUAGGCAUCUGUACGGUCAUCAGUCCCGAAUGCUCAAAGCAACCAAGAACCAUAUGUGCGUCGAGUGUGGUUUAAGGUUCAAGCAUCCUGGUCUGCUGCGGGAUCACGAAAUUACACACACGGGAGAGAGGGCGUUCAAGUGUUCAGAGUGUCCCGCAACAUACAACAGUAAGGAGAGCUAUCGUAAACACAUCAAGCUCCAUAGCGACCCGGCGAACAAGUACAAAUGUGACAUAUGUGGUUGCAGUUAUCGGCAUGCAAAAGGACUCAAAGAACACAUAACUGCCGAGCACACCGGAGAGCGUCCCCACAAGUGCCCACACUGUCCGGCGAGCUACGCGCGCACAUCCGGUCUCAGUUCGCACUUGCUCAGCCACAGCGUACAGAAGCUUCAUCGGUGCCCAUUGUGCGGGAAGGAAUUCAAGCGGUUCUCGGAGUGCAAACAGCAUGUCAACUUUUUCCACCACAAACUGAAGCCGUUUCCGUGCUUCUUCUGUCCAAGGCAGUACCCGCGAAAGGACUAUCGCAAACGGCACAUGGUUAGUGCGCACGCGGAGGAGCUUCGUAAUAAUCCGCUUCCGCCGGUGGAGCUUUUCGGUAACCCCCGAUGGAACGAACUCAAGGCGAACGCGGUUCCUCCGGUGCAAACGUUAAGUUCAGGGUUGUUACGAAGAUCCUGAAAUAUUUUCCGCGCCAAAUCCGCGCCGACUAAAAUCAAAUCCGCGCCAUUUCCGC